AUGUUACCAUGGUGCAUCCUUGUUCUUUCCAUUCAAGCAGCAUGCGCGAGCCGAAUAUACCACACCGCAACCCAACUACCCAACGGCACGAUCCGCAUUCAAGGCGGCAUCACCAAUCUAUCCGACUUUACCUAUGCGACCACCGACUUGGUCUUGCACAUUCACCGCGAUGCUUUUGUUCACUUUGAUCAGUAUCCGAGUUUACCUGUCAGUGGCCAAACCGCGCAUUGGCAUAAAAAUGCACUAGUUUCAUUCUUUGGUUUACAAUCGUACCGUGCACCGGCACCUCCUAUUUCAAUUAAUCUGACGGAUCCGGAUCCCUUGAACGAUCGACAGCCUCCACUCCGUUACAGUCAUACAUCCACACAAAUAAACGACACUGUUUAUGUUAUUGGUGGACGAUCCCAUCAGACUGUUUACGGCGAUCUCUGGAAAAUGAACUGGAAAAGCUGGACUUUACUUGACAAUCAUUUAUUUCCUCAGGGCAUCUUUGGUCACUCCGCUUUGGCUUACCGCCAUUGGAUUUUGUCGUGCUUCGGAUCCACUCAAGGCCAUGAACAGGGAGGAUGCACAUGGCUCGAUACGAGAACCUUGCUAUCCACCACUGCAAAACUAUCCACGACCUUGCCCCCGCGAACGCAUGCUACCAUGACACUUGUGCCUGGAACCCAUCGCGCCAUAGUGUUUGGAGGGCGGUUUGGCGAUACUUUUCUAGACGAUGUUUGGGAACUCGACUUGGAAUCGCCAUUGGCAACCAUUGGUUGCAAAAGGGUCGGAUCGGCACCUCAGCCUCGUGCAGCCCAUGCAGCUGUAGCGAUCGACGAUACGACGAUCAUGUUUUUUGGAGGACAAAUUUUGCCUUUGGCACUUGCCGACAUGCACCCACUCUUCUGGAAUACUGCUACACAAUCAUGGGGCCCAUCGGUAAAAGUGCGACACUUUGUAACCAAACGUGAGCUGGAAAGCGACCUGGUCCAAAGUCAAGCGUCCAAUGGAGAUGGCGACGGUGGUUUAAGUAAAGGCGCUAUUGGCGGGAUCGUCGUAGGUAUUUUAGGAUUGCUGGGUCUAGCCAUUGGGUUCUUUGUAUGGUCUUAUCAACAACGUCGACAAGCGCGGUACGACCAUUCCAGAGCAGCUCGAUUCAGUCUUUCUCCGCCCGGUACAUCAAAAACACCCGCUAGUCUGGAAUCUGCACGUCACUCUACAGCGCAUGCAUCGACGCAGCGUCAGUCGGUUCAUGAUGAACACCCCAUGCUACAGUUACGAUCCUAUGAUCAAGCCAAUCGAGCAAGCACCGGGUCCUUCGGAUCCAUUUUGGGCCGCUUUCACCGCGAAAGCAUGCAAGCGCAAGCACCACCGCAACUAUCUCUCGCGGAGACGAAGCAAGUGGAGUAUGUGGAACCGCAAGAGCCUCCGGUCGCCGUUCAGCGACAAAAUUCUACGGGAACGACUUGCAGUCCUUUACUGACGAUUAGUAGCACCGAUCAUUCUAUCAACCCAUCGACGGAUUUAUCACCCAUCACCAAAGAGAAUACAAAGGAGGGCAACGGGAUCCAUGGAAAAAAACGACGGGAAAGCUUGACGCUGAAACAGAUGACACUGAACAUGUUUGGAUCCCGUCGAAACAGUGAGGAAGUCGAUACUGCAUUGUCGGCUGCUGCGUCAACGAAUUUAUUUAAACGGUAUCCGUCAACCAUCAUCGACGGUGAUCAUCGCGUAUCGUUCGCCCGAAGACGUUCCAGUCUGUUCGGUUUACGCACAUCCAAACUGUUACAACUACCUGGAACCGCCACGCAUGAUAUCGACGCUCAAGCCAAUGUUCGAAAACGCCCUUCAUUGCAAUCACGUGCGUCGUUGGGAGCCAAAUCGGUGGCUUCCGUUCAGUGGGUGGAAUUUAACAACGAUAUGGAUUACAAAAAAAGCUGGAAUAUGAUGACGCCUCAUCUGGCCGUUAUGAAUCCGCGACGGAGUAUGACCAUUGCCAGUAGUUGUCGCACGAGUUACUACGACGGUAGCAGUAACUCUGAUCUGGUGCCUUACAGUCCUUCAUUUAGUCCGGAUCAUUAUCGCCUAAGUGACAGAGAAGCCAUGUCGUGGGGCGAUGAUCUGGUAGCUCGUCUUAAUGACCACUAUCGGCAGACCGAGACGUCUUCAAGGCACAGCGGAGCAUAG